CUCGCGAGACUAUAUUUGUUGUGGAACAGCUGAGUGGGCGGUUGGGUAUAGUUGAGACCGAUUCAAUACUAACUAGCGGCUUUAUAUCAGAUUUUUUUAGCCUCCUGAAGACUUUAUUUGUCGGUUAUUACACACCAUGGCUGAGACGGACCCCAAGUCUGUACAGGACCUUACCAAUGUGGUCCAGACUUUGCUGCAGCAGAUGCAAGACAAGUUCCAGACCAUGUCAGACCAGAUUAUUGGGAGGAUUGAUGAGAUGAGCACUCGUAUAGAUGACCUGGAGAAAAAUAUCGCUGACCUGAUGACCCAGGCUGGUGUUGAGGAGAUUGAGGCAGCGCCAGAAAAGCCGAAGGAGAGUCAAGGGUCAUAAUGAAGGCUCCUAAAGAACAUCUAGAGUUGGUCCUGAAUCCAGGAGCAGAAUUUUUCCACUGAAAACGAUGUGGUGUAAUGUUGUAUGAAAUGCUUUUUUUGUUUUUUAAUAUAGUUAUUGUGAAACGGUUUGCGAUCUUGUGAUGACUUGAAAGCUGAACGUCGUUUGUGAGCUAGACUAGUUCAAUGUGCCCUUCACAAGCUCAAACAGAAAUGCAUUAUUUGGAUUUAGGGCAAAGAGGUCAAGUUUCUGGAGCUCUGGCUUCGUCAGUCCAACCCCGGAGGUGAAGGCACAGUCUGACACUUUUCUCCACGCCUGUUCUGAGAGCAUCCACUGGACCCAGGUCCUAUUGUGCACCAGAAACAGAACUGUUAAACCACGCUGUGGGAAGCAUUCCACUUCUAAUAUUCUUCUGGUAACACACUGACGUUUGUAUUCUUUUCCCAAUAUUUAAUCGAAGAAAACAAAUAUAACCAACUUUAAGGUGCUUUGUGUUUUUCUAAAAUGUUUUUACCAGCAUGACUUGUAGAGUUUAUCCUUGUCUUUAUAUUCCACAACCAAGAAGUCAAAUGAGUGUGUUCUAAUUCCUUUUAACCUGGUUUUUGCACGAGUAUCAGAAUAUGUAAAGUUUAGUCAAACUCCCAAAUAAACUAUUCACAAAUGCA